UCAAAAAUGUCAACCGAAUGGGGAGCCGAUCUUAAUUUAAUUUCCAUUAAAUCUAUGAUAGAAUUUUAUAAAGAAGAAAAUGCUCGUCAAGAUGAAUAUUUGAAAAAAAUGAAGUUACUCUCCGAAGAUUCCAAAUUCGAUGUAACCAUUGACGAAAACAUCGAUAAACUAAUCGAUGUAUUGGAAAUUCAAUACGAUGAAAAAAAUUCCAAAGUUUCCACGAAACCACAUAAUUAUUUCUCGAGAUUAACGACUAGUCUGAAAAUGUACAAACACAUGAACAAAAAGCUUUCCGAGGAUAUAAAUACAGCAGAAAUGGAAUUAAAAUUAGGUAGGGAAAAAUUAAAGGAACUCAAUUUCCAUUCGAGCAACACCAAUCAAUUACGUGCAAAAGUAACUCAAUAUGAUUUAACCAACUCGAAUUAUGAGAAAAAGUACCCCUGGCUUAAGGAUCCAUUGUUUGACAUGCAGAACUUAGACGAAGAAUGCAAGAAGUUACAAAAAUUGAAGAAAACUAAAGAGAAUUUGGAUAAAGAACUCAAACAGUAUUCAGAUCUCAAACCCGAUUUAAUCGAAGCUGCAGAACAAUUAACUCAAAUUCAGAAGGAACACAGCAAAUUUACUUUUUGA